AUGCUUCUCCAAGCUGCGGCAUCGCUACUGCUCGUAGCAGGUUCAGCCCUGGCUGGGCCAGUUGCAAGAGCGGACAAGAAUGAAGUUAUCUACGGUUCUAAAGGAACGGUAUCUCUUUCAUCUGACGGAAAGAAACCUCAUAUCAUGAUCCUCGAUUAUGGCGAGAAUGUCGAGGGUCAUCCUACCUUUGAGGUUGUCUCUGCCUCUGGUGAUACCUCGGCUUUUGAACUCACCUAUGCAGAGUCCAAGUACGCAUUUAGCAACUACCAGAGUGAUGGGCCUCUUCCUCUGGCUGCUGCCAUGGAUACCUACCGCGUGAACCGAUACAACAUCUCCAAGCGUGAGACCUUCAACCACCGUCUUGUCCAGGGAGCUUUCCGCUACCAGAAGCUGAACCUCUCUUCGCAUGGAGAGCUGCGUCUCAGAAAGGUCGGCGUGAAACCAACCGUUCACACCACAUCCCUCACCAAGCUCCCCGGAGGUUUUGAGUGCUCUGAUGAGGACUUUAAUCGUAUUUGGCUCACGGGCGCCAGAACCGCUCAGCUUACUGAGAUCCCCAAGAAAACUAUUCCCGACUUCUGGCAGGUUUCCAAGGAGGGAUCUCUGGUUGAGAGCUCUGCGCCUCAAGCGCUGGGUAGUGCUGCCGCCGCUCAGUUGACUGCCUACCAGCUAGACUUCCAGGUCAAGCCUGUCACUGGUGAAUUCACCUUCUCCGUCCUGUCAGACACUCUAAAUGAAGCAAUUAUCGUUACUGGCGACGUCAAGACUGGCAAGGUCACUGCUACGGGUGCUUCAAAGUCCGGAUCGAUCCCGUCUUCUGCUGAUGCCAAGGUCGGAGAAUGGAUGUCUGUGCAUGCCAAGGUGAACAUGACCGAGAUUUCUGUUGUCGUCAACAACAAGACUGUUCUCGAUUUCACCCAGACAGACAAGUUCUAUGGAUCCUUCGGCCUCGGCGCUCCUCUCGGUCACUCCGCUUACUUCCGCAAUCUCAAGGCUGCGACUCUCGACGGCACUGAGAUCUACUCUAACAAUUUGACCGAUCCUAGCUUCUUGAAGGACUUUUUCAUGGGAACGAACCCCGCCGAUACUAUUGUUGAUGGUUCCAGACGCGAUAGAAUUGCAUACACUGGCGAUCUCGACGUUGCACUAAGCUCGACCUAUGCCAGCACCUACGGCAAGUCUUUCGUUGAGGGCUCGCUCGACCUUCUCGGCUCCUACCAGGCGACACCCGGAUUCUUCAUCCCGACCGCCAAGAUCGAGCAAGAACCUCUCAAGGGAAUUCUCGACGUCAACAUCACUGGUCUUAUCGGCUACUCAUUCAACUUUCUCAACGCGCUUGCUAAGAACUACGAGGUCCUGGGUGAUAAAGAGUUUGCUAAGGAGUGGGCUCCUCGCACUACGGCUAUGCUGGACUGGGCUCACUCCCAGUUGAAGAAUGGUCUUUUCACACUCGACGACCCUGCUUUCACUGGAGACUGGAACUACUACGAUCCUCCCCAGACCGGCGCGAGCUCCAAGUUCAACGCGCUCUACGCCUACAGCUUGCAGCAGACUCAGCCUCUACUCAAGGAUGCUGGUGUCAACACGACUGUCUACCAGACUCGCCUCGAUAAGCUGCGAAAGGCUAUUCACUCCAACCUCUGGAACGAUACCCUUCAAGCUUAUGCUCUGUCCAAUGAGAUUACCACUGGUUUCGCUCAAGACGCCAACGCUCUCGCCAUCCUCGCUGGUAUUCCCCAGAGCCACAACAUCUCCGCCACCUCUCUGCUCUCUACCAUGAACAAGGAACUUCAGCUCAAGGCUGGUCCUCUGGCCUUCAGCAACGCUACCGCCAAAUCUGGUUUCGCUCAGAAGAUCAGCCCCUACUCUUCCGCCUACCAUCUCCGCGCUGCCUUCGAGUCCGACGAUGACGUGAUUGUCAAGCGACUGUUGAAGAGUCUUUGGGCUCCCAUGGCAAACCCUGCCCACGCCAACUACACCAACUGCUUCUGGGAGACUCUUGACCCCGAUGGUACACCUGGUCUGGGAAUAAUCACUUCUCUCUGUCACGGCUGGGCUUCUGGACCUACUGCUGAGCUGAGUCGACAUGUUCUCGGUGUUCAGGCUGUCGAACCUGGUUACAAGAAGUGGGAUGUUAAGCCUCUUACUUUGGGUCUGGAGUGGGCUAAGGGUAGGGUUCCUACUGAGCAUGGAAACGUUGAGGUCGAUUGGAAGUUCAAGUCUGGUCUUCUACAGAUGACUGUUCGUGGACCGAAGAAUGGUAACACCAACGGAACUGUCUACCUUCCUCGGCCUCUGCCCACUCCUCUUGAGAAGAGUGUUAUCAAGGUGAACGGAAAGGUUGUCAAGGGGGAGAAGUUCACUGUGCCUUGUGGACAGAAGGUCAAUAUCAAGCAGACCCGUGCUUGA